CACUCACAAAAUAUGUUUAAAACCAUCCCAUAAACAUUUUCAAAUAUCCAAAAGGUUUUAAACUCAAACACGAAGGAUUACGGGAAUUUUGGAAAAAUCAGGACAGUGGCACGGUACCCCCAGACGGUAGGGUAUACCGCCACACGGUACCCCUAUACCAUGAGACGGUACCCAGGGCUAUCCUCGAAGGACAAGAGAAAAUUGUCCAUGAACGCGAAGGCGAUAAACAUCCUUCAUUGCUCCCUUGGACCCGAUGAGUUUGCACGUGGGUGCUCGUGCAAAACGGCCAAGGAGGUAUGGGAUUUGCUUCAAGCCAAACAUGAAGGCGACACCUCCACGAAGCAAACCAUGUUGGCCCUCGGAAACUCGGAGUACGAAAGUUUCAAAAUUGGCCAACACGAGUCAAUCCAAGAUGCCAAUAGAAGGUUCAAUGAAAUAAUCAACAAGUUGGGUAAGUUGGGUAAGGAAUAUUCUACAAGUGAACUAAAUACUAAAAUAUUACUUUCUUUAUCAAAAGAAUGGCAUAGUAGUAUUGUAGAUCUUUUACCCAAAUGUGCAACGGAAAGCACCGCCCACAUUUGGUCUUCCUUGUAUUCUCACGAGCUUUUGUUGAGAAAGAUCAAAGAGGAAGAAAUGCGUGAAAAUCCCAAGCUUACCAACGCCUUCAAAGCUUCAAAAGAUUCGUCUAGUGAAGAGUCAAGUGAAUCAAGUGAUGAUUCAAGCGACUCAAGCUCUACGGAAGAGUCGGAUGAUGAAGAAGACGAAGAGAAGGAGAUGAGAAUGAAAUAUACGGAUUUCCUCAAAUGGAAGAAGUAUGUGAAGAGGAAAGAAGUAUAUUCAAAGCCGAAAAAAGAGCGGCAUAAGCCAAGGUACAACAAGAAUCCAUUAAGAUUCGGUACUCAAGAAUGAAGUCGAAACACCAAACUAGCGUAAAAUAUAGGUAGAAACCGAUGUAAGAAUAUGACUUUAUAUACCUAUAUUCACAAGCUCAAACGCACUCACAAAAUAUGUUUAAAACCAUCCCAUAAACAUUUUCAAAUAUCCAAAAGGUUUUAAACUCAAACACGAAGGAUUACGGGAAUUUUGGAAAAAUCAGGACAGUGGCAUGGUACCCCCAGACGGUAGGGUAUACCGCCACACGGUACCCCUAUACCGUGAGACGGUACCCAGGUACCGUACGGUAGGCCGGAACGGAUGGACACACCCGUCCUAACUAGGUGCCGCCGGAACGGUACAGAGUCCAUUUUG